AUGUCCGGCGCGACUACGAAAGUGAAGAAGCAGGCGAAUAAGAACGCCUAUCGCCGGUCGAAGAAAAAGGAAAAGCGCUCCGAGACCCCAUCCGAAGCUGGUGACUCUGCGCGUGAGAGCGAAUCUCCUGCACCAGAAGCCGACACAAAUAACGAUGCACAGGCGGUAAAGCCAGCGGAUCUCCUCAGCAUCGAUGACAUCGCGAACCAAUACAACCUUGACGACCCAGUUUUCGAACAAUACAGGAGCGUCUUCGAGAAAUUCCGAGAGCCGACCGAAGAAGAGGCCGCGACAAAAGAUGAGGAGAAGCCAGAGAUCUUUUAUGAUGACGAUGAUAUCCCAGAUGAGGAGGACGACGACAAGCCAAAGAUAUCCAGAAAGCAGAGGAAGGCAAUGAACACACUUUCAGUCGCUCAGCUAAAGUCGCUGGUUCAAAGACCCGAAUUGGUCGAAUGGACAGACGUGUCAUCCUCGAAUCCGACGCUGUUGAUCGCUAUUAAGGGAGCCAAGAACGUCAUACCCGUACCGACUCAUUGGUCACUCAAACGUGAAUACCUGUCGUCGAAGCGCGGUAUUGAGAAGCCGCCCUUUGCGCUUCCGAAGUUCAUCCAGGAGACUGGUAUCGCUGAGAUGCGAGAUGCUGUACUUGAGAAGCAGGCAGAGAUGACAAUGAGGCAGAAGCAACGUGAGCGCGUCCAGGGGAAGGUCGGCAAACUCGACAUCGACUACUCAAAGCUCUAUGAUGCCUUCUUUCGGCGGCAGACGAAGCCAGAGUUGACACGAUACGGUGAGGUCUAUUAUGAGGGGAAGGAGUUCGAGACAAACCUCGUGAACCUCAAGCCGGGAGAGUUGAGCGAGGAGCUCAGAGAAGCUCUCGGCAUGGCACCCGGCCAUCCACCACCCUGGCUCAUCAACAUGCAGCGCUUUGGCCCUCCCACAUCAUACCCGAAUAUGCGGAUACCUGGUGUGAAUGCUCCCAUUCCUCCCGGUGCAUCCUGGGGGUUUCAGCCUGGUCAGUGGGGUAAGCCUCCAACUGAUGACUCAGGAAAGCCGCUGUUUGGUGGAGACUUGUAUGGCACGAGCAUCCUUGAAGAGCAACAACAGCCAACACACGUCGGCGAGCCUGUCGAGCGCGGUAUAUGGGGUGCUUUACGAGCUGAGGGCGAAAGUGAAGACGAGGAGAGCGACGAAGAGGAAGAGGACGAGGAAGAUGAGGACGAGGGCGAAGACGAUGCGACUGGCAUCCAGACUUCCAUGACCACAGCAUCGGCCAUGCCAUCCGAGAUCGGGGGUGCAGAGAGUAUUGGUGGAGAGUUUACCCUUCGAAAACAGCGCAAAGGAAUCGAGACCGAAGAGCCCGGCGCACCCCGCAGCGCCUUCACCGUGUUGCCCGAGAAGGAUAUUUCGGCUACGGGCUUUUUUGGUGGCGAGCACGCCUAUGAUCUCGAUGCCGCCCGACGCGAUACUCUCGGACAGGCGCAGAAGAAGCGCAAGGCUGGCGAUGUUGACAUCUCUGUGGAUGUGGACCAGUUGGCGGAUAGUGACAGGCUGGAUAAAGAUGCAUUGAAGAAAGAGUAUGAGUCAAGGCAGAAGGCGGAAGCACAGGGUCAGUGGCAGAGCAUUGAUCAAGACGAUUUGGCAGAUAUGAUUGCUGCAGAGAGCAGGAAGAGGGUUAAAAGAGAGACAGAGGGGAGGUCCAAGCGGUGA